UGAAUGGCGCCUAUCAUUGAUGGAAAGACGGUACAGGUUGUCCUUGAAAUUUAAGACAUCUUCAUGAAAAAUCUCUGUCGCGGCUCAAUACUUAAAGCAGGAUAAAAAUCAACACCCAUGCUUAAGUUCAUUGUUAUGGGAUUACGUGGUUUUUUCUUGCUGGCAGCAAAGAUAUGGAGUUUUCUGUGCUAUUGUUUUAAACGACAAGCAAGAUCUGUUAUACAAUACCAGACGGUGAAGUAUGAGGUUAUACCACUGUCUCCCCUAUCAAAGCAUAGGCUUAGUAUGUUAAAAAAGAAAACCUUAGUUUUAGACUUGGAUGAAACUUUAAUACACUCUCACCAUGAUGGUGUUCUCAGACAGACGGUGAAACCAGGCACUCCACCAGACUUUGUUCUUAAGGUCAACAUAGAAAGGCAUCCUGUGAGAUUUUUUGUCCACAAAAGGCCACAUGUAGAUUACUUUUUAGAAGUGGUUAGUCAAUGGUAUGAACUAGUUGUGUUUACAGCCAGUAUGGAAAUAUAUGGUGCUGCAGUGGCAGACAAACUAGACAAUAAUAGAAAUAUACUAAGAAGAAGAUAUUAUAGACAGCAUUGUCGAUUUGAAUAUGGUAGCUAUACUAAAAGUCUGGUGGAGAUAAAUGAGGAUCUGUCAAGUGUUUUUAUACUAGAUAAUUCACCAAUAGCUUACAAGUAUUAUGAAGAUAAUGCAAUUCCUAUAAAGUCGUGGUUUAGUGAUCCCACAGACACAACACUGCUCUCCUUACUGCCCAUGUUGGAUGCAUUAAGGUUCUGCAAUGAUGUCAGAUCUGUGUUGAGCCGAAACAUUCACAAAAGUUACAAGAACAUUCUAGAGUGAGAGAGUGUUCAGUGGUGUAUAUGGAAGUGUAUUAUUUUCACCCAGCAACAAGUGCAUGAUUGCAGUGCCUGAGUACCUUACCAGCCACCUGUGACAAGAUGGAGAGUGAAUGAGUGACAAGAAGAUAGAAGAUGAAAGAAGCCUGUAGUUUGUUUGCAGCGGUGUGACAUCUCUUGACUGUUUGUUUUAAAUGUCUUACUCAGAUAUACUUAACAGAAAAGGAAUAGCAAAUUCCUUAAUAAGUGCUUAGAGCAGAAAAAAGGGAGUGGGAUUAUGUUCCUUUCAGUGUGUUUUAAAGAUACCUUUAGCUGUAUAGAUUGAAAUCAUAGGAUUAAUUUUGUUUCCUUAAAAAAUAUUUUCCCAUGAUUUGCCUUUUUCGUUGAAGGAAGACAUUUGUGUUGAAACUAUUCUGAAUGAAUUUGUAAAUCUAGCAUGAUUUAUAGCUGUUGCCAUGUCUUUUAAUGCACUGCAAUUUGAAAUGUUCUUUUCUCUAUCAUAUCAUGAAAUUCAAGAGUGAAUGUCUGAAUGUGCUGCAAUUUGUGUUACGAGAGUUUAUCAUACAAUUGCAUCCAAAAUGGUCUGCAAAUAUGUACCCUAAACAUGUUAAUUUUUAUGGCAGCUGCAAUAAAAAUCAGGAUAUGAUUAUUUCUGUGCACAAGCUGUGUAUUAAUAGUCACUCUUUACCUACUUGUUUCAGUCUUGUAAUUUUGUGUCAGAAAUUUCAGCUCAUUUUGUUAGUACUAUCAGUAGAAAGAUCCCUGAAGGGUUAGUAUUAUUGGUAGUCUUUUUAUAAGGUAUCCUAUUGCUAUCCGUUUUUGUCCGUCGUUGUGCAUUAACAAUUGUACAGUUUUAACUUCUUCUUAAAAACUACAAGGCUUAUUGUUACCAUUUUUGGUGUGAAGCAUCUCUAUUGUAAGAGGAGUCUAAAUUGUGAAGUUCAUGGCUCUACCACCCCCGGGGCCACAUGUGGGGCCAAAUAUGCAAAAAAGGCAAAAUUUUCAAAAAUCAUCUUCUCUACUCCCACACAUGUGAGGAAAAAACUAGUUACAUAGUUAUGAUGUCCAUGAAGCCCUCUACCAAAAUUGUGAAAUUCAUGGCCCCUGAGUCAGGGGUUCUAGCUCUAGGUUGGGGCCAAUAUGGCCAUAUAGUAAAAAUGUAUUAAAUCUUAGAAAAUCUUCUUCUCUACUACCAUAUAUAUUUGCUAAAAACUAAAUGCAUUAUCAUGAUGUCCACUAACGCCUCUACAUAUAUUGUGAAAUUCAUGACCCCUGGGUCAGGGGUUCAGGCUCUAGGGUUGGGCCAAUAUGGCCCUAUAGUUAGAAUGUAUUAAAUCUUAGAAAAUCUUCUUCUUUACUCCCAUAUAUAUUUGUAUUUGUUAAAAACUAAAUGCCUGGUUAUGAUGUCCAUGAGGCCCUCUACCAAAAUUGUGAAAUUCAUGACCCCUGAGUCAGGGGUUCAGGCUCUAGGGUGGGGCCAAUAUGGCCAUAUAGUAAAAAUGAAUUAAAUCUUAGAAAAUCUUCUUCUCUACUCCCACACAUGUGGCAAAAAACUGAAUACAUGGUUAUGAUGUCCACUUACUCCUCUACCUAAAUUGUGAAAUUUAUCGCCCCGGGGUCAGGGGUUCAGGACAUGAGGUGGGGGGCAAUAUGGCAAUUUGUUUUCCCUUGGACUGAAAUGUCACACUUUCAUUGGUUUAAACAUAGCACAGAUUGCCUCAUAUAUCUCUAUAUUUGUUCAGUGAGAAAUAAUAUUGGGCAAUAUGACUGUCAUUGGCCUCCGCUACGCUUACUCAUUUUGACAUUUCAUAGUAUUUAAUACAUAAACCCCAUGCCGCAAGUUCUUAAAGUAUUUGGAGUAGUUGCCCUUUGAAAUUCUUCAAAAUUAGAGUAGUUGCCCUUAGAAUAUUAACGUUACAUUGUUUUGUCUGGAGCAGAACUAAAUGGCAGCGUCGAAAUUUGCUGAAAUCUCUGCAGAGAAAGGGAGAAAACAUUUAAAAUUGAAUAGCAACAAAACACUGUAUGUAAACAUGGGUAAAGCAAAGAUUAUUAAAGAGUAUUUGAAAGGUGAUUUGAAAAUUUUGAAGAGUUAAAAUGCGUUAAAUUGGACGAGAUGUUAGGGAUCUUGUACAUGGCUUUGCGUAGAUCAUCGCUAUUUGUGAAUAAAUAUGUCGCUUGAUAGUCCUCGGGAAAAACAGAACACUUUUUAGGUUAGUUACUGACUCACUACGGAAAUAUAUUGGGUUGAUCAAUCUCAUAGACGGCUCGGCUGGCUACAUAGACGGCUCGUUAUGCAUAUAAUGUUUAAAAAUUUUCUUCUCUAUUCUCACACAUCUGUAUAAAAAAAACUGACUUAUAAUUAUGUUUACCAGGAAGUCCUCUACGGAAAUUUUAAUUUUCUUGUCCCCUGGAGUGUGGGUUUUGACUUUAGGGCAGGGCUAAAAUAGAUGUACAGGUGUUAAUGCAUAUAAUAUUAAAAAAUUAUCUUCUUUUCUCCAAAGGAAAACUGAAUUCAUGUUUUUGUAGACCAGAUCUUUUAGUUUUUCGCCAAAAUUAUAGGUUUCACAGUUCUUUUUGAAAGAUUUCAGGCAGGGAGGUGGUUGUCAUUACAAAUUUAUAAUUUUUUUACUCCAGAAUGAAACUUAAUUAAUUAAAUGCAUAUAUGAGACUCCUCGACAAGUUUGUGUAUAGGUUAUACGCUACUCAGGUGACCGUUACGGCCAAUUGGCCUCUUGUUUCACUACGUACUGAUUUUUGAAAUUGACUGAGGUAUGUGUCAUUCAAUUUCGGAGUUUUUCUCCAUUCUUUUGUAUCUAUCAUUAUAUUUGUUACAAACUUUCAAAAAUUGAAUGUUAAAAUUGUA